CAACUCCCGACUCCAACCUCUCUUCCGCACUUCAUACAUUUGGGGAAAACACUUCGUAACAACCCCAGAUUCCAGCCGACGUCAACCCCUUUGGGUCGGAGGAGUAUCCAAUAUCAUGCACUGCAACCCAUCGCACCUGCUGCCGACGCGCAGCUGAUCAUGGUAGCCCGUGGUUAUCGCUCCCCGCAGGAAGAAAACCACGUCCAUCUCUUACCAGAUCGAGCAUCGCUGUGCCGUCACGGGCUGAAGAGUCGACGCAGCCAAGCCUUCCAUCUCGGAGAGAAAUCUUCGAGAGCCGAACUUUUCCCAUCCGGCAUACGAGAACCGACUUCAUGCUUCAGCCGGUCCCCACCUCCGGUCUGGUUCCUCUCCGUGCGCCCCGUCAGCGGGAGCCUGCAGUGCAGGACAGCUUCCGUUAUUGGCCUGACCCCAAGCCAACCCUGUCUAUAACAUGAGCCCGGAGGGUGUCUGCGCUGCUGCUGCUCUCAGGCCUGUCGGCAACGUCCUCCGCGACAGGACCGUCCUCCUGCAGGACGAGCUGAUUUUGGUCUCGGCCCUCACCACCACGGGACCUCUACCCAUUCCCAGAGCCAACAAAAGGCCCCAGACCGACCUGUUCAGUCGUGAUACUCCCUUGCUUACAUACCCCGCAUCAUAUAGCGCGAUGCUACGCAGACCCAGGGAGGCAUGGAGGCUGUACCCUCGAAGUUCGGCUCCACCUAUCACACCCGCCGUCUCUGCCGUCGGCCGUCUCCCUCCGGGUAAACACAUCGAGCCAAGCGUCACUCACCAACAACACUCGCCCGAUCCCACGGUGCGGAAACUAGUCGUCUUGGCCCAGCCUCCGUACGAGCUAACCCUCCCUAUCCGUCAUAACAAGGUCUGCGUUCCCGCCGUGGCAUCAUGCAUUUCUUUGCCGCCACCGUUCCUCUGUGGCACUUCGGUGAGCUUGUCCGCACACCCCCACCUCCCUCGAAGACGACUGUAACCAAGCUUUGCAGUCAUCUCACGUUGGGCUGGCUCGCUGGCCCGGUUUACCCUCGUGGAUGGCAGCCGGUCAACACGUCGCAGAUGAGAUAAUCCGGGAUCACAGUACAUGCCACCAUCUGCCCAUGCUUUCAUGCGUCACAAGGUUAUAUGAACGGUUCUCGGGGACUUUGGUGCUUAAGCUCGAUGCUACGCUCCCCAUGAUUGAGCCACCUCCCGGGGCUGAAGCCAAAGUCGGGACGGCGUCGUACCGCUCGCGACCACCGUGUAACCCUCGAUGCGGUCCCUUUACGCGGGAACGACCUCGAUAUACUGGUGCUUUCCCCGGCGUACUGAUCCAUGUGCGACGUUGGAUGGCUGGGAAGCCGGAACAGCAGACGCUGGCAAAGCUUCUUUGGUUUUUUUUUUUUUUUUUU